GUGAAACUAACAAAAGUUUCUUGAAAAAAAUGCACAACUGAAAACAGAAAUAUCAGCCAAAAGGGAUUACUGCAAUAUAAUUUAUUCCAGCUAUAAACUGAAAAGUGAAUAGUAAAAUUAUCUAUUUUUUUCUGUUCUGUGAGAAAAGACAUACCAUCCAGACUUCCAUCAAACUGAAACAGAGCUAAAGGGAGCGGUUUUCUAGGAACCCCUCUUUCAAAGGGAGGGUGAAACCUCCUGCUGCCGGGCUCAUGGCAGGGCAGGGAGCGAAGCAUUCCUCUCAUAGUUUUGGAACACCUCUCCUGCUUUUACAUACGUCAGAUCUGCUUGAUAAAAGGGGAUCGAGUCUAAAAGGAAGAGCUCACUGGCAGCUUUAGCCAAUUCUGAUCAGGAGAGUUAGUUUGGGAAGAUGUGGAAGAUCUUUGUAGCUGUGACCUUCUGCUUUACUCUGGUGUCAGCCUCAUGCCCAGAAGCCUGCCAGUGUCCUCCUGACGUCCCUGUUUGUGCAGCAGGGGUGAGUCUAAUGCUGGACAGCUGCGGCUGCUGCAAGGUCUGUGGACGGCAGCUCUAUGACGACUGCAGCAAAACUCAACCGUGCGACACUGCAAAGGGGCUGGAGUGCAAUUUUGGGGGCAAAUCUGAUUUAGCACCAGGCAUCUGUCGAGCUAAAUCAGAUGGGAGAAGCUGCGAGUUCAACGGCAGGAUGUUCCAGAAUGGGGAAACCUUCAAGCCAAACUGCAAAUAUCAGUGCACCUGCAUGGAUGGAUCGGUUGGGUGCGUCUCGCUUUGCACUCGUGACCUUUCGACGUACCGAGUGGGCUGUGAAAAACCGAAGAGGGUUAAAGUGAAAGGACAGUGCUGUGAACAACUCAUCUGCCUCUAUGAUGCAAACACAGGAAGGUCUGGGUCAAGGAAACGCAGACGAAAGUACAAACAAGACCCAUCUGAUGGUGCCUUUUCUAACAAGAACCAUCCUCCACAUGUUUGGGAAGGAGAAUUAACAGCUUUUAGGAGUCGUCCAAAGAGGCUUCAAACAGGAGUCCAGUGUCGGCCUCAGACCACAGCCUGGUCACCCUGCUCCAAAUCCUGUGGUCGUGGAGUUUCCUCCAGGAUGACCAACAAAAAUAUCGAGUGCAAACUGGCGACUGAAACCCAGAUCUGUGAGAUCCAACCCUGCAAGGAAAUCCCCCAAAAGGGAGCUGGGAAAUGUCAGGGGAAGGCUGUCAAUCCAAUUCAGAUGCCCUAUGGUGGUUGUCAUAGUCUGAAGACAUUCCAGCUGAAACUCUGCAGGUCCUGCUCAGACGGCCGAUUCUGUCGGCCUCACAGGACCCGGACGCCAUCUGUCCGUUUCAAAUGCAAGUCUGGACAGACUUUUAGGAAGAAGGUAGCGAUGACUGGAUCUUGCCUGUGUGAUUUGAACUUCGCCAAGAGCAGUAAAAAGUUGCUCACCCUCUAUGGACGUUUUAAUACGAUUCAGAAACUCUAACUGUGAAUCUGAGAGCAAUUCAAAUAAAAACUAUUAUUCUGGAAUUAUCUUUGUGGCAUUGGAGAAUUGUGCUUUGCUUCAUUGUGAAACCUUUCAUGUUGUGAAAGUUUGGGUCUUUUUCUCUGAACUCGUCACUUAUAAUUCUUUAAACAUCAAUUUGAUGCUUAAGUUUCUGUCAUUGACAAACCAAAACAUGACACGUUGGCCAGUCCAGCAAGUAAAAUAGUAUGAUACCAACACAAUACCAAAGGCUUCUUUUCAUUUAUUUAAUGUGACAUUAUUCUAAAACUGACAAUCACACCAGUUUACAAGGCUGUUUACAAGAGUGAUGCCAUUUCUCAAAAUAUAAGAAACCAAAUGCAUCGAACACAAAACCACAAGUGCAUUUUUCCUCUGACUCUUAAUGAGGUCUUAUUUUAAAAGGUCAUUGCAAGAACACAGAGAUCUAGUAAACAAUAGUUUAUGAGGUUUUAGAGAUUAUGACGGAUAACAGUGACGGUAAAGGAUACAAAAAAA